AUACAUUGUCCCUUAGAGAUACCGACUUAUAUCCAAAUUCAGUUUAGAAACAGGUUGUCUUUGAUGUAACGUUAGUGGCAUAGUUAGCUGGUGAGGCACCUAGCAUCGUCGAUCACAAAAUGUUGUUGGAUGUUUUACAAGGAGCAGAUGCAGGAACUUUCAUCAUAUUUCUAGGUAACUGUUAUUGUUGAAUAAGAGCUGUGUUGCUUUACGCUGAAGCAUAUGCACCCUCCGACUUGAGACAGCUUAUGGCAUUUACGUCAACUCAACUGCAGGCUAACUUGGACUUGCAAACGGCAUUCUCUCCCUCACUGUCGAAAAAUGGACACUGCCAAUUUUUCGGGUCGCUCCCUACUUAAGAGUUAUAUAAAUACUGCACUGAAACGGGAAGACGUGGUCCAUGUGCUUGAGUUCGAAGUGAGCGAGGAGGAACUGCGUGAUGGCUUGGACAGUCAGUGUGGCCGAAGGAUGCAUUUCCAUGGUGGAUUUGCAGACCCUUUGGGCUGGAUGAAGCGUUCAUCAUUCAACGUUCAUCAAUUCAUCUCUCAGGAUUUAUCAACCCUUCUUACACAAACACAGCAAUCCAGAUCUGCAGUCUUGGUCAUUGACUCCCUCUCAUGGCUUCUGAGACACCUUGAUCCUGUAGUUGUCUGCCAACGAUUGCAAGAGCUAAAGAGAGGGGGUGCUGUUAAAACCAUCAUAGGGCUACUGCACUCUGACCUGCACCAGACUAGUGUGGUGGAAAGUGUCUGCCACUUGGCCUCCACAGUCAUCUCACUGGCACCCUGGACGAAGGGGCCGUGGGCUUUAGCCAAGACAACAAAACGCACAAAAUCAGGAAAAGUUCUUCAAGAGGAAGAGCUCUUUAGUGUCCAGGAGGAUCUGACCAUCACUGUGCACAGCAAAGUCAGCCAUGCCGUGCCGACACAGGCAGAGCCUGACUCUGAGGCCGAUCCGACAGCCAACCUCACCUUUAACCUUCACCUGUCAGAAAUGGAGAGAGAGGCUAAAGAGAAAGUGGCCUUACCCUUUGUCUUCAGUCACGAAAAAAAAUCUGCUCUACUCAAUCCGGGACAAGGAGCAGGUCGAAUUCUGUAUGAGCCAGAUGAAAAUGAUGACUUUGAUCAAGAAGAUCCUGAUGAGGACCUUGAUGUCUGAGGAUGCACACAGGCAAAAAUGACCUUGUUAUAUUUAAAAUAUGAACUUAACCAGGGCAUGUACCAGUAAUGAGUUUGUACCAUGAUGAACAGUUGUUACUGAAGAUCCCAAUGGUUUCCCCUCCUGGCUGAUGUGGUAGCAAACUGGAUUUUUUUUUUUUUUUAUUACUAUUAUUAUUAUCAUUAUUAUUAUUCUAGCUGUAGAUCACCACAUGAUGGUGCUGUGCUUCAUAGUGAAGGCAUUUGCCAUAUUUCAUUCAUUUACCACAAGUGAUGUUUAUGAUUUUCCCAGAUGGCUAAAAUGUUUUUUAGAAUACUGGCAAAGGGUCUGCUGAUUAUUAAGUAAAUCUGCUUUGUGGAAAGCCCUCCUGCAGUCUGUAACCUGCGUUGUAGUUGGGAACAAACCUGUAGAAGUUUAUUUUGCCACGGAAGUCUAUAUCUUGAGUCAGAGGAUAUGUUAUUCAGUUUAUGUAUGUAAUCAGCAAUAUCCAACUGUUGACAUCCUGAAUGAAAACUGAUGUUUUGCGCCAGUAUCAAGAAUUAUGUUUGGGAAUUCUGUACCCCAAUCCUAAGUGCCAAUUCUUUCAUUUUAGGAUUUGAAGGUGUCAGAACGGCAACUCAAAUUAUACAGUAUACUUUUUCUGCUUCA